UUUAUACUUCGAGCCAGGAGGUUUGUUAACUGCUUACUGCCAUACUGCGUUGUAUGCACACGUGAUGACAUGACAGUUGUAUUUAACUCAAAUGAAAUUUAAGUUCUGAUACAAACCAAUUUGAUCGAAUUAAAGAAAUUUGGGCGCAUUUAAUAUUUUUGACAGAUCUUGGCUAAUUUCUAUAGAAUGACUAGAUUUGCAAGAGUGCAAGGUGUCGGCAAACCUUCGUUCAACAAAGUAGCCGAGGAUUCGACUCCGUGGGAAGUGUUGAAGCAACCCAUAGAGGAAUGUUCGGAUGAGGAGGAAGAAAGUAGGGACGAGAACCAGAUUGAAACUAAAGUAGAGAAUGCAGAAGAAACUAUUCCUACUCCUGUUAAUACCGUGUGGUGUGAGUUUGAAGAAAAUCUUUCACUAAAAAUGAAAGAGAGAGAGCGUAUAAAUGAUAAUUCAAACAAAGAGCAAGGUAAAAAGAAACAAAACAAAGCUCAUGAGGACUUUGGGGAUGGUAUGAAUUUGCAAAAAGAAAACCAUAAUCUUAGUGUAAAUGAUACAGAGGAUACAGAGAUUGAUGAUAUAAAACAAAAAGAAAAAAAGAAAAAAUUGUCUAAAAUGGAAAUUGAUAUUCACAAAGAUACAGAAGAAGAAGGAAAUGCUGCAGAAGAGCAGCAAAAUGAACACACAGAUGGAAUGACACAAUGUGACAAUACAGAAGACAAAUGUAAAUCGUACAAAAGAAGAAAGCCAGAUGAGGGUAAUAAGACUGUGCUUGUCGAUGGACAAGAAAUUAAAAUAGUAAGAUUCGGUGGGUUCUAUGUGAAAGAGGAUGAUGCAAACAGGCUAAAGGAAAUGAAGAAAGAACUUCAAAACAAAAAUUUACCAAUGUCAAAGAUACAAUUUUUAAUAAAAAAGGAAAGGCAAAAAGCUGAGAGGUCUUUGGCAAAAAUGAAGAAGAAGUUGUGCUUCAAUUGUCGCAAAUAUGGCCACAAUUUAUCCUCUUGUCCCACUCUCACAUCCAGUGGGAUAUGUUACAAGUGUGGAUCAACAGAACACUCGAUGUUCCAGUGCAAGGCGCCCUGGGAUGAACUCAAAUUUGCUUCCUGCUUUAUCUGCAAAGAGCAAGGCCAUCUAUCUAAGAACUGUCCAGAUAAUCCACGUGGCCUCUACCCGAAUGGUGGUGGAUGUAGGCUCUGUGGGGAUGUGACCCAUCUUAAACAGGACUGCCCUAAAAGCCUACAGAAAAAUAGGAAAUUUAAUAAAGUUGUGUCUGUCGACACUUUAAAAAAAGGAAAGUUUAGUGUGGAUGAAGAUUAUCAAGAAAAUGCAAACCACACAAAAUUUCAUUCAAAAAAUAAUUAUAGCCAGCCUAAACCUAAGAAAAUUAUCUUUAAAUAAUAAUUUUGCAAGUAUUUACAUAAUUUCACUGUUUUAAUUUUUAUACAUAUGUAUUAUAAAUUUUAUAAUUUUUUUCUCAUACCGAUUAAAAUAUUUUUUGGAAAUGUGGACAAGCACACUUUGAGCAUAUGUAUAUAUUAAUAUAUUAGAACUAUUAAACAAAAAAUGUGUCAUCCUUCACUGAACAAUAUGUACCAAUUUUUAGUACCAUUAAAUAAAAAAAGAUAUAAAACAAAUUAAGAUUAAAUAAA